AGCAACGUUAUAAAUACCGGCAUCUUUUGUUGGGCACUGCAGACAUUUUCUGAUCUUCAGAGGAGGUGGAAGUGAAAAUAUACAUUUACCGAGACAAAAAACAUAACUAUUGAAAAUGCAGAUCUUUGUAAAAACACUUACUGGCAAGACCAUAACUCUUGAAGUUGAGCCCAGUGACACCAUCGAGAACGUGAAGGCCAAGAUCCAGGAUAAGGAAGGCAUCCCCCCAGACCAGCAGAGGCUGAUCUUCGCUGGCAAGCAGCUUGAAGAUGGUCGCACACUGUCAGACUACAACAUCCAGAAGGAGUCCACCCUGCACUUGGUUCUGCGUCUGAGGGGAGGUAUGCAGAUCUUUGUCAAGACCUUGACUGGCAAGACCAUCACUCUGGAGGUUGAACCCGCUGACACCAUUGAGAACGUCAAGGCCAAGAUCCAGGACAAGGAAGGCAUCCCCCCAGACCAGCAGAGGCUGAUCUUUGCUGGCAAGCAGCUUGAAGAUGGUCGCACCCUCUCAGACUACAACAUCCAGAAGGAGUCCACCCUGCACUUGGUUCUGCGUCUGAGGGGAGGUAUGCAGAUCUUUGUCAAGACCUUGACUGGCAAGACCAUCACUCUGGAGGUUGAACCCGCUGACACCAUUGAGAACGUCAAGGCCAAGAUCCAGGACAAGGAAGGCAUCCCCCCAGACCAGCAGAGGCUGAUCUUUGCUGGCAAGCAGCUUGAAGAUGGCCGUACCCUCUCCGACUACAACAUCCAGAAGGAGUCCACCCUGCACUUGGUGCUGCGUCUGAGGGGAGGUAUGCAGAUCUUUGUGAAGACCUUGACUGGCAAGACCAUCACGCUGGAGGUUGAGCCUAGUGACACCAUCGAGAACGUCAAGGCCAAGAUCCAGGACAAGGAAGGCAUCCCCCCAGACCAGCAGAGGCUGAUCUUUGCUGGCAAGCAGCUUGAAGAUGGCCGUACCCUCUCCGACUACAACAUCCAGAAGGAAUCCACCCUGCACUUGGUCCUGCGUCUGAGGGGAGGUAUGCAGAUCUUUGUGAAGACCUUGACUGGCAAGACCAUCACGCUGGAGGUUGAGCCUAGUGACACCAUCGAGAACGUGAAGGCCAAGAUCCAGGAUAAGGAAGGCAUCCCCCCAGACCAGCAGAGGCUGAUCUUUGCUGGCAAGCAGCUUGAAGAUGGUCGCACCCUCUCAGACUACAACAUCCAGAAGGAGUCCACCCUGCACUUGGUUCUGCGUCUGAGGGGAGGACAGUAAAUCCAGCUUAACCAUUGCACUUAAAGGAAAAGGCUGCAGCAUGAUUCUGUGUUUUCUUUUCAAUUCCUUUGUAACACAUUUUGUUUAAUUUUCUGCUUCAAUAAAGCUCAAGCAUUCCUGAAA